AUGUUCCGUAAGAUUUUGUCAGUUCUCAAUCCUACUGUUUUUGUACUAAGUUUAUGUUUUCAAAUUAUACUUAUCUAUACUAUUAUUCGUCAUUCACCAAAAAACUUGUCAACUCUGAAAGCCAUUCUUUUAACAAAUUGUUGUUUCCAAUUGUUACAAUCAUCAAUGGUAUUUUUCACACAAAUACAAUUGGUCAAUCACCUGGUCCCCAUUGAGUUAUGGAGCUACGGGCCCUGUCGUCAUUUUGAAGCGUUUAUGUGUUACUCCAUGUUUCAUAUUCUUCAGACAAGCUCUUUGGUAAGUGGGUUAACAGUUUUCUUAACAACUUUUAUGAAGUAUCAAGCAGCGAGACAUGUGCGUCCUUCAAAGAAAAAAAAUUGUUUUGUAAUUUUGUUUAUUUCGUCAAUUGUAUUAAUUUCAGCGGGAUGUGGAAUUUUGCUGGUUAUUAUCCAAGCAUUACCCCUGGAAAUCCGAGAAAAAUACUAUCGGAUAAAUCUUGAACUUGAUGAAUAUUCAGUAAUUGGUAUAGUGGAUUAUUCGGUUUUACCCAGUCGUGUAAAUGGUAUUAUUAUAAAUGGCUUAGUAGUUAUCGUUCCAAUUACAUGUUUAUUAUUACGAAGAAAAAUACUCAAACUUCUCACUGCUUCCUCCGAUGCGUUAUACUUCCAAAACCGGGUUUUCCUUCAGGGACUCACAUUGCAAAUUUUUGGUCAUACGCUGGUUUACGUUCCCAUUUUCAUUUGCUCAACUAUCAGUCUGAUCACAAAAACGGAAUAUACUUUUGCCCAGUUUUUCAUUUUUGUCUUGCCCCACCUAACAACUGUCAUUGAUCCUCUUUUAACAAUGUAUUUUGUGACUCCGUACAGAAAGAGACUAAUGGUUUGGUUGCGACUGAAAAACGAUAAAGUUCACUCCGUGUCUCCAUCUACAUUUGCAGUCUCAGCAAAUCACUGA